CACGCCUGUUCCCCCCGGACCGCUUUUGGCGGCCCUCCAAUUUCUUUCACAGCCCCAGCUCAUAUUGUUUUUGCCUCGAAAGCAGGGAAAACAAGCGAUCGAUUAAAAAGAACAAAAAGAAACCCCCCACUCUCAUACACACAGACAGAGAGGGCAUCGAAUGAUGCCAGUUUUGGCUUCUAGAACUUGAGACCAAACAAAGAGGCAUUUAAAAGAUGCUGCACCAUUUAGUGACACGGCUAGCGUUGCUGCCGGUCGCCCUGCAAAUGGUCGUGCUCACGACGGCGCAGAGCACCACCGACUCGGAUUCGGAAUCAGAGAUAACACCCACUCGCAGCUCGCAGUUUUCCUCGACAACGGCAACGAGAACAAGUACGAACACCGGCCGUGCGACUCAUACCGUCAAGGUGGGAGCAAAAGAGGAUCCUCAUCAGUAUAUACCGCAUACCAUCAAAGCGGACGUUGGCGAUGUAAUCGAAUUCGAGUUCUAUCCACGCAAUCACUCGGUAGUGCAGGCAGAUUACCUGGCGCCGUGCGUACCUGCAACCGGGAGAUACUUCUAUUCGGGAAUAUUCAAUUCUUUCGACGAGGAGGACGGCAUGCUGGUUGGGAAACCGCCAACAUGGAAGUUGACCGUCAAUGACACCAAGCCGACAUUCUUUUAUUGCACCGCCAUCGACUCGUGUAUUGUGAACGGAAUGGUUGGCGUAAUCAACCCGAACGAAUCGAUGACCUGGGAUGCACAGUAUGCAAAGGCCUUGAAAUAUCCGUACAUGUUGGUUCCCGGCCAAGCGCCACCUGCGGAAGGGAGUGACCGUUCAGAGCCAUCGUCAUCGCCAUCGUCAUCAUCAUCUGGUCUGGGUCGUGGAGCUAUUGCUGGGAUCGUGAUCGGGAGCAUCGCCGCUAUCUCUAUCUUGGCCGCUCUUUUCUUCGUGCUUGGGCGCAACCGCGUUUACCGCAAGUGGCUAAACUCGGAAGAAGAGAGUAACGACCGGACACGGCGAUGGGCAAUGAGCGGGGGAGACUGGUCGAUGGCCGGCAGAAGCGAGAAAGAUGGGGUUACGAUGGGCUCGCACCCGGGCCAUACGAGCAUGAUGUCGCCGGAUAUGUCCCACGUCGGUGGACCGUAUAGCCCUCCGCUGCAGAGUCGGUCACCGCCACCAGCGCAUCGGAGCUGGGAUGGCCUUGGUCAAUACCAUACACCCAUUAUGCAGGACGAGAGACCGCCAGAAUUGAGCUCAGCUGCUGGGGUUCAGUUGGUAGAGCUGGAAGCGACCCCUCAACGCCACCCAUCGAAGGGUCGUCACCAGAUAUAUUGAUAUACGCGAACAGUCUUUCGACCCUGCGUGCCUCUCGACUGUGGACACACAUAACCAUCUUACAUAUCCUAUCAUUCACCCAAAUAAUUGCCCGAGAACGACUCUGAUAUCCCAAUCCAUUCAUGAUCCAGCAUAUUCUAGCGAUCCAAAUCAAUGCCACUAAGUGUCAUUGGCACAGCAUUUUCACGCCACUGUUUUCUCUUUCCUCCCUUUCUAAACCCUGAGCAAGCGGUCAACCCCUUAUCCCCCUCAAUACACACACACACACACACACACACACACACACACACACACACACGCGAGUGUCAUGUUUUCAGUGCUUGGAAUAGUUGAAAUAUCCUUUUGUACAUACACCCGGACUUGACCAACGCACCAUCCAUGUAAUUUUCUCUUGUCUUAUGCGUUGGGUUUUGCUUGUUUAACUUUUUUUUUUAUUUUUUUAUUUUUUUUUUUGGGGGGGUGGGGGGUUCCGGUUGUGAUACCUGGGCAGCAUUGAGAAAAAAUCAAUUUGAUACGAUAAUAAAAUAUCUGUUUAGGAAUGCUAAACAGGAAGUUGAAUGACGCGGUAUUUUCGGGAUAUCAAAAAAGAAAAUGAUAUAGCAGACACAAUGGAAACCUGGAUUCCAUCUUCCGUCGCAGCGUCUCUGGCGUUCGUGGCUGUUGUCCAAACUGUGUGGAUCUGAGUUGCAUCAUGGAAAGUCAAUCUAAUAACUUUUUAUCCAGACCUCCCUUGAAAGCAGACCCGAGUCUCUUGAGGAUAAAGUUGUAUUUCUUCUGAAUGCAGGUUUUUAACUACACUCCAGGGGUAUUGAAUCUUUAUUCCGCACAUAACCGACACUUUGCAGACAUCACCAAUGCAACCUGGCAGGUUGACUAGCCUCAUUCCUCCCGUCACAUUUCACCGCCAUCUUCUCGUCUUCACUUCUCGCAUUUCAGGGCGGCGAAGAGCCUCCAAGGAACGAUACUACCAGGCGAGUUAUGUGAUUUAUUUCUUCUUGCAGCACAUAUAGCACUUUGCAGAAACAACUUUGUGUCAGUGAUACCAGUGCUCUCAGCCGAAAAGGAAAUGGCGAGCUCGAAGGAAACUGGGGGGAUGAUCCUGGGUUCAGGGAUGAUAACAUACGGUUCUGGUUGGCAGUUUAUAUGGCGUCUCAUACUAGAAGAGUCCCAGAUUAGCAUCUUGUUCAAUUCGGCCCAAAAGCUUAUGCAUGUUCAUCCUCUAGGAAUCUACCCGGAGGCAUCUGGGGCUCGCGGGGAGGGAGAGCGCCCGAGACUUACGUAUGGGGGUUCGCAGUUAGCCUUAUUGGGAUGGCAGCCAGGCAUGCAGUCAUCGAUCGCAGCAGCCUCGGGUUCAGGAACUGCAGACGCAAUGGCCAUGAAGAAAGUGAGGGUAAGGGCGAGAGCUUUGAAUUGAACCAUGGUGGCUAUUUGGGCCUUCUCUCUUCUUUCGAAAUAAAACGAAUUGGGGGGGGGGGCGGCUUGAGAGAUAUGUGGAGUGGGAUGGACUGUCUAUCGGACUCAAAUCACGGAGGGCACAGAAGGUAUUUAUGCUUCCUGCCCGUGCUCCUGAAUAUCUCCAUGGACAAAGAACCAACGCAUCCUUUGGCUGUGCCUCCUAUCAGCAAGCCAACGGCACUUUCGGGACGGUGGGUUUCUCAAAAACUUGUUUUCCCGUUGUCGAAGGAGAAAAGCUCUUUGUCCGUAUUCGGCUGAAUUAAAAGUUGCACAAACUUGUCCCGUGAGGCUUGCAGAAAGUGGUAUUUGCAGAGCCAUCUUAGCACGUCUCAAAUUACCCCUGAAUAUCAAUGUUGUUCUCCAGUCAAGUGGUUUUCGCUGAAGGACUAUGUACCACGUACACGGGCAACGUUCGACAUUAAGCUCUGGGUAGUUGCCGAAGAGCAUUGAGGUAAGGGUAUUGUCACUGUAUCACAAUGAGUCGAGGACACAUGCAUUAUCACAUCGACCGCAUCGAGUUGGUGGAUCGAGCGAACCUAGGAUCGACAAGAGAUCAUCAGAGCAAUGAGC